GUCUGUCUAGAAACAAGACACGUCAUACCGUUAAAAAAAUCCUCCUAGUGACAAAAAAAAAAGAGAGAAGAAAUUCGGUGAUCCUUCUUCAGACAGCAAUGUAUGAAUCUGGUCUGCCCACAGAAUUUCCUGUCACAGUGGGGACUCCAACGAGAUUGGUAACCAACACACGCGAAUAAGAGAGUACAGAGACCUUCUUCCAUUAUUUAGUAAGUUUCAGUUUUCUAAGGGGUCCUCUUGUACUGUUGACUGUUGUAUCUCCGCUCCGUUCUUUCUUUCAGUUACCUUUCAACAGAAGCAGGUUUCCAGUUUGUUUAUUUCGGGGGUCGCCCAUCAGUUUAAUCUGCAUAAUCUUGACGCCUUUUCUGCAUCUGCAUCUAAAUCGGGCCGUUUGGUAUCCUGGGUAUGUGUUUGUUUUCUACAGGAAAGUGAGAGAAAGUUACAAUCUUUUUUGUCUUAGCUGUUGUACUUCUCCGGUUUGUUCCUUAUGUCUCUUUUUAUUCGGCGAUCAAUAGCUCUAAUUCGAAUGAGAUUGCAGAAUUUCGCCUUCAGUAAUUUAUCUUUGUAUUGUGUUAGGACUUAGGAGUGGCUAUGCUUCCAUGUAAUUAUGUUAUUGGCUUACUUACAGCUUGUGGAGGUGUUUGAUUAUUUGAUUCGAUGGCGGCAAUACUAGCUUCACACAGUUGCUAUUGCCGCGAUGGGGAUUCGAUGAAUCAAGGCAGCAGGAUCUUGGAGAACUUCAGCUUCUCCAGUUCAGUUGCCACCUCAUUUCCAGCGUUAGUUGACAGCCGUGAUUAUCAGUCCCGAAAUUCGAGGUUGCUUCAAGUGCGAAUGACACAGACUGAAUCAUCCCCGGCCUCGAAGCUAGGCCCUAAUGGACGGCGACCUCCUGUGAAAAUGGUGCCGGUGAAUGAUGUGGUUAAAAGAAGGGCGGCACCAAAUGGAAGUGCAAAAGUAGAUGUGGUAGUGAAUGGUAAAAAACAGGUCAUCAAUGGAAGUACCUCGAGCAUAGUUAAGAAAACCCCUAGUGCUUCUUCAAUAGUACCAAGAUACGCAAAGAGGGAGAACGAGAAGCUUCCGCCUCUCAAUCUAAAGGAUCUCCCUACAGACGAAGGAUUCAGCUGGGCGAAUGAGAACUACAACAAUGCGCAGAGGAACAUCGAUGUUUGGUCAUUCUUCAUCGCAUUUCGACUGCGUAUCAUGUUUGACAAUGCUAAGUGGGCUUAUUUCGGAAGUUUCAGUGAAGAUCAGCAGAAAUUAAGGAGGAAGAACACUGCCGCGUGGCUAAGGGAGAAAGUAUUGCAAUUAGGUCCCACGUUUAUAAAGCUUGGACAGCUAUCCUCAACGAGAUCAGACCUUUUCCCCAGGGAGUUUGUCGAUGAGCUCGCCAAGUUGCAGGAUCGAGUGCCUGCAUUCCCACCAAAGAAAGCGAGAAACUUUGUCGAACGAGAACUCGGAGCCCCUAUAGACGUGCUGUUCAAAGAGUUUGAGGACAGGCCUAUUGCUGCCGCUAGUCUUGGUCAGGUGCAUAGAGCCAUCCUGCAUAACGGAGAGAAAGUCGUCAUCAAAGUUCAAAGGCCUGGGCUCAAGAGGCUGUUUGACAUUGACCUAAAUAAUAUGAAGAUAGUUGCAGAAUACUUGCAGAGAAGUGAGUCUUUUGGUGGUCCAACCAAAGAUUGGGUUGGCAUCUAUGAGGAAUGUGCCAAGAUUUUGUACCAGGAGAUUGAUUACAUUAAUGAAGGAAAAAAUGCUGAUAGAUUCCGCCGAGAUUUUAGGAAUGUGAAGUGGGUCCGAGUACCUAUGGUAUUCUGGGAUUACACAGCCAUGAAGGUUUUGACCUUGGAAUAUGUGCCAGGUGUCAAGAUAAACGAGUUGGAUCAGCUAGAUUCAAGGGGAUUCAGCCGUUCCCAGAUCUCCUCACGAGCCAUUGAAGCAUACUUGAUUCAGAUUCUGAGAACCGGUUUUUUCCAUGCGGAUCCUCAUCCUGGGAAUCUUGCAGUCGACACCGAUCAAGCUCUCAUCUAUUAUGACUUUGGCAUGAUGGGUGAGAUCAAGCCUUUUACCCGGGAAAGGUUGCUCGGACUUUUCUAUGCUGUUUAUGAGAAAGAUGCCAGAAAGGUUAUGCAGUGUCUGAUCGAUCUUGGAGCGCUUCAGCCCACUGGAGACCUGUCUUCGGUUAGGAGAUCUGUUCAGUUUUUCUUGGACAAUUUGUUGGGCCAGACACCUGAUCAGCAGCAGACUUUAUCAGCCAUUGGAGAGGAUUUGUUUUCAAUAGCUCAAGAUCAACCAUUUCGGUUCCCAUCAACAUUCACAUUCGUCAUAAGGGCAUUCUCAACACUUGAAGGCAUAGGAUACAUUCUCGACCCAGAUUUCUCGUUUGUGAAGAUUGCUGCGCCUUAUGCUCAAGAGCUUUUGGAUAUCAGACAAAAGCAACGGCCAGGCACACAACUAGUAGAACAGAUAAGGAAACAAGCGAAUGAUGCAAGAAGUUCUACAAUGUCCAUGCCGUACAGAGUCCAGAGGAUAGAAGAGUUCGUGCAGCAACUCGAAUCGGGAGACUUGAAACUUCGCGUCCGGGUUCUAGAGUCUGAAAGAGCGGCGAGGAAAGCAACCAUAUUGCAGAUGGCAACAAUGUACACAGUGUUAGGAGGCACCCUUGUGAACCUUGGGGUGACGUUCGGGAGUCAGGGAAGCCAACUUGUUGCCAAUGGGUCAUUUGUAGGCGCAGGAGUAUUCUUAGCUUUGCUUCUAAGGUCGAUGCAGAGGGUGAAAAAGCUGGACAAAUUUGAGAAGAUGAUAUAAGCAAAACAGAGAACUGGCUGGAACCAGGAUGCAUUGCUCUCAGUCGUCUUCUGUAUUUACUCUUUCUCUCACAAUCCUACCAGCAUUCAUCACAUCAAGAACCAAGAUGAUGAUUCACCAACACAUUAGAAUGAUAUAUAUAGGGGAAACACAAAAUUGUACAUGAAAUGUCAUGGAAACCCUUUUCUUUUACUCUUACAUCUUCUUUCCAUGGUUUAGCGGUUUAUGAUUAGUAUAUCUGUAUUACACAAUAAUAAGAUAAUUGUUGUUCAUCAUAAAACUCUACUCUUUAUCGUGAAGCUAGACUCUGCUAGUCGAAAUUACUAGCUCCUUUUUAUUUAUACCAGCAAGCAUCAUGGGGAUAUUAAUCUAAUUCAUAACCACAACUUACACAACAAAUUAAAAUUUUCUUU